GAAAUAGAACAGGAGAGAAAACCUAUGGAAGAUUUGUCCAAGUUUGUUCAUAGUCCUGCCCAUCUGGCAGUUGCACGCCGAGAUUAUGCUACCCUUAGGCAAAUUAUCUCAGCCCUCCCACGUCUUGCCAAGGCUGGUGAAGUCAAUACUGAAGAAGAGUCUCUUGCGGCUGAGCAACAGGCGGAUUCUGUCUCUGCUGUCAUUGACCGCCGGGAUGUUCCUGGCAGAGAAACUCCUUUGCACCUUGCUGUCAGGCUGCGGGAUCCAAUCUCCGCUGAGAUUUUAAUGGCAGCUGGUGCUGACUGGAGUCUGCAGAAUGAGAAUGGCUGGAGUGCACUUCAAGAAGCAGUUUGCACGAGAGAGGAGACAAUCGCCAUGAUAAUUGCUCGGCAUUACCAGCCUCUUGCUUGGGCAAAAUGGUGUCGAAGGCUCCCGCGGAUUGUUGCUUCAGCAGCUCGUAUUCAUGAUUUUUAUAUGGAGAUAACUUUUCAUUUUGAGAGUUCUGUCAUACCAUUUAUUGGUCGUAUUGCCCCGUCAGAUACUUACCGCAUUUGGAAGCGUGGUUCUAACCUCCGUGCUGAUAUGACUCUUGCUGGCUUUGAUGGUUUUCGCAUUCAGAGGUCAGAUCAAACAUUUCUAUUUCUUGGGGAGGGAUACUCCUCAGAGGAUGGCAACAUAUCUUUGGCACCAGGUUCUUUGGUUGUUCUUGCCCACAAGGAAAAGGAGGUUACAAAUGCGUUGGAGGGGGCUGGUGCCCAACCAACUGAAGCAGAAGUUGCCCAUGAAGUGGCUUUGAUGUCUCAAACUAACAUGUAUAGGCCAGGCAUUGACGUCACUCAAGCGGAGCUUGUUCCACAUUUGAAUUGGAGGCGGCAAGAGAGGACAGAAAUGGUUGGAAAUUGGAAGGCCAAAGUUUAUGACAUGCUUCAUGUUAUGGUCAGUGUGAAGUCAAGACGGGUUCCUGGUGCUAUGACUGAUGAAGAGCUUUUUGCAGUGGAUGAGGAAGAGAGAUUAGGAAAUGCUGCUGAAAAUGAUGAGUUUGAUGAUGUGUUGACUGCUGAGGAGAGGAAACAGUUAGAUUCUGCACUUCGUACAGGGAACUCAGAUGGUGUUGGUGAUGAUGAGGAGCCUAGUGUUGUUGAGUACCAAGAAAAUGGCUCUGGAGGAAUCUUUGAAAAUGGCGACUCUAAUGGUUCCAUUAAGGAGAAGAAGAGUUGGUUUGGUUGGAAGAACAAAGGUUCAAAGAACACUAGUGAUGAUCCUGAAGAUUCAAAGAUCUUGAAAAAAUUUUCAAAAUUAGCACCAGAAGGUGGCACCCAGAAACCUGUUGAUCAUCAAAAAUCAUCUGAAUCUGCUAGGGAGGAUAUGGCUGAUGCCAAGAAGGGAAAAGAUAAAAGCAGCAAGAAGAAGAAGAAGAAAGGGCCCAGUAGCGAAUCUAAGCAUGAGAGUGAGUACAAGAAGGGCUUGAGACCCAUCUUGUGGCUCACACCAGAUUUUCCUUUGAAAACUGAGGAGCUCCUGCCUUUACUUGACAUAUUAGCCAACAAAGUCAAGGCUAUUAGGAGACUCAGAGAGCUUUUGACAACAAAACUUCCCCUGGGAACAUUUCCUGUCAAGGUUGCCAUCCCUAUUGUCCCAACUAUUCGGGUGCUUGUUACUUUUACAAAAUUUGAGGAGCUACAGCCAUCAGAAGAAUUCUCAACACCUCUCUCCAGCCCAGCUCAUUUCCAGGAGGCGAAGUCCAAGGAAUCUGAAGGGGCUUCAUCAUCGUGGAUUUCAUGGAUGAGGGGGAGUCGAGGUGGGCAAUCGAGUGAUAGUGAUAGUCACCGGUACAAGGAUGAGAUUGAUCCUUUCCUCAUACCAUCAGACUAUACUUGGGUUGAUGCCAAUGAGAAGAAACGCCGCAUGAAAGCCAAGAAAGCCAAGAACAAGAAGCACAGGAAACAAGCUGCAGCCAGAGGUGAGGAAGGGCGGGCACAACAUUUGAGUGAAGAUGUGGAAGAAUAAAUGUACCAAAUAGUCCAAUGUUCUUUGCCACUUGAAAAUCAUUUUGCAUAGGCAAGGCUCUGCUUCGCACAUUGACCAGUCUUCGUUUGAAUGAAGCAGUGGAUGAAUCCCAGGAUAUUUGUUAGGUGAUUACUUCAUUAGGAGGACUGUUGUAUUUUUAUGUGAUGUGAAAUUGGAGAGGAACAAGAUUUCCUUCGCCUUUAAUAUAGCUCACUCUCAUUCCCCUUCCCUUCUCCCCUCUUUAUUUUUUCAGACAUCAAUCUUUGUAUCUACGCCUCAGCUUAUCAAGUUUACCUAUUUUGUGAUUGUCAA